GUAUUGCUUGGGCGGAGACAGGUCCUUAUAUUUGUGUGGGAAGAAUUCUUAAACUGCCUAGAAGGGAAAGAGCUGCUCAGUACAUAAAGAUAAAAGGCAUUGCUCCUUCCCUGCCUAAUCAACUCAAGCUUCCUGCCAGCCCGUAUGUGUGCCCUACUCAGUGUCAGUACCUGUCCCACGGGCUCAGCAUAGGAGAGGAACCAGCAGCACCUGGGCAGCCGGGGGAGUGCUUGUUGUUACAGUGGCCGUGUUUGUUAGCGCUGACAGCGGUGAUUACUGAGCCAAUUCUCCAAUUGCAGGAGACAAUUCCUCCUCAUCAUCAGAGUCACUCCCAUCCUCAGCGCCGUGCCGUCUCUGCAGCUCUCUCCUCCACUCUCACCUGUUGGAAGGUCGCUUUGGGGUCCUUGUCGUCUCAUACCCCAGGCAGUUUCUCUGGAGAAUCCUGAGACUGUCUCAAGGGGUCUAGCCCGGAGAAAUCUAUGAUUAGUUCGGUGUGUGUCUCAUCUUACCGAGGACGAAAGUCUGGGAACAAGCCACCCUCCAAAACAUGUCUGAAGGAAGAGAUGGCCAAGGGGGAAGACUCCGGCAAGAUCACCAUCAAUGUGGGGGGCACCCGGCAUGAAACCUACAAGAGCACCCUGAGGACGCUGCCUGGAACCCGGCUAGCAUGGCUGGCGGACCCCGACACCUCCAGCAACUUGGAUUUUGACUCUCAGCAGAAUGAAUUUUUCUUUGACAGGCAUCCCGGUAUCUUUUCCUAUGUGCUCAAUUACUACCGCACUGGCAAGCUACACUGCCCGGCGGACAUCUGUGGACCCCUGUUCGAGGAGGAGUUGGCAUUUUGGGGCAUCGAUGAGACAGACGUGGAGCCCUGCUGCUGGAUGACCUACCGCCAACACCGGGACGCAGAGGAGGCUCUGGAUAUUUUUGAAAAUGUAGAACCCGAGGACGGGGAUGAAGAGAAGGAUUCCACACCGGAGUUACUCUGCAUAGAUGAGAGGCCGGACAGGAGCAGAGGUCGCUGGAAGCGGUGUCAGGCUCGUAUAUGGGCUCUCUUUGAGGACCCAUAUUCAUCUAGGGCUGCCCGAUUAGUGGCUUUUGCCUCUCUAUUCUUCAUCCUGAUGUCUAUUACCACUUUUUGUUUGGAAACCCAUGAGGCUUUUAUUGUGGACAGAAAUGUAACAGAAUUGGUCAUCGUGGGAAAUGUGACAGAGAUCGUAGUGGUCAAGGAAGUGGAGACAGAGCCUGUCCUGAUAUAUAUAGAGGGGGUCUGUGUUUUUUGGUUCACAUUGGAGUUCUUUGUCCGAAUUACCUGCUGCCCAGACAAACUAGUGUUUGUGAAGAACAUGCUGAACAUCAUAGACUUUGUGGCCAUCCUACCAUUUUAUGUAGAGGUUGGUCUCAGUGGGCUGUCAUCCAAGGCCGCCAGGGAUGUACUGGGAUUCCUACGUGUAGUACGCUUUGUCAGGAUAUUACGUAUCUUCAAACUAACAAGACAUUUUGUUGGGUUGCGGGUUUUGGGUCACACCCUUCGGGCCAGCACUAAUGAAUUUCUGCUUCUAAUCAUCUUUUUGGCUUUAGGGGUUCUCAUUUUUGCCACCAUGAUCUAUUAUGCAGAGCGGAUAGGUGCAAAAUCAUCAGACCCCAGUGGGAGCAACCACACACACUUCAAGAACAUCCCAAUAGGUUUCUGGUGGGCGGUGGUAACCAUGACCACACUUGGGUAUGGGGAUAUGUAUCCACAGACCUGGUCUGGCAUGCUGGUGGGUGCCUUGUGUGCCCUAGCUGGAGUACUGACCAUUGCUAUGCCUGUUCCAGUCAUUGUGAAUAAUUUUGGAAUGUAUUAUUCUCUCGCUAUGGCCAAACAAAAGCUUCCAAAGAAGAAAAAGAAGCAUGUCCCUAAACCUACUCAACUGGACUCUCCAACUACUGUUAAAUCUGGGGACACCUCACAUCGCAACAGCACUCAAAGUGAAUCCUGCCCAUUGGCCGUAGAGGAUGUAACAGAAAAGAGGACAGUACAAAAGAAGUCUUCGUACACCUCACCAUCUGCAAGCCGCCACGAUGAUAAUGACAGAGAGGAAACAGGUCCAUCCUCCCCAUCACACAGUGAUGGCCAAGAGCCUCCCUGGUGUGGUCACGACCUACGAGCACCCUUCUGCAGACCCCAGAGCGGCCCACCCAACAUUCUUCUCACCUUCCUGGUAAGUGUGACUUCUGCACAACAGUUUUGUGUGCCUCAUGGAGGACAACGAAAAGAUUCACCAAAGUUACCUCCAUCUGUUGGAGUCAAACAUAUCCACACAAUAAACCAUGAUAAGGCUGAUGGAAUCUCAAAACUGUGCCAUCAGAGAUCUUAAUGCCAACAUCAAUAAUUUGGCCCAACAGCUGGUAGGAUGCCAAAUGGAGGCAAAGACCAGCAGUUCAGGGGACACAACUCCUCAGUACACCAAUUACCUCACCCCAAAGGCGGUCUUGUAUACCCAGCAAUCUAUUGCAGUCAGCAACUACCAGCAGAGGCCGUGCCAGAUCCAGAGAGCGGGAAGAUAGAAACUCUAUGUGACCACCUAGGUCUAGGUCAGCACCUAGGGGUCAUCUGUGGGUAAAACCCCACAAAUGUGAUUAUUUUUGUUUGUUUUGUUAUUGUCAGAUUUUUUGUCUCUUUUUACUCAUUAUUGUAUUGAAUUU